GGGGAUGAGGCGGUUUCCUCACGGGGAGCCGCCCCUGCCAGGAGCCCGCAGCCGGCGCCCGCCUUGGUGCUGUUACAAUGAGCAAGAAUAUCCAGGAAUUAAGGUGCUGUUAGCCCAUUUCUCAGCAACCAGAAUGUUUUAGCUUCUUCCAUUCUCAGCACAGUGAUGGAAAGCUCAACCUCUGCUAGUACUGGUAGCAGUCCCCCCAAAUCUGUCUUCUAUUCCAAAUAUGAAACGGACAUUGAUUCUGUGAAAAAAAACACAGGUUAUCCUGGCAAAGAACACAUUGAGAAUACCCUGGAAGAAUACUCACAGAAAGUCAGAGAUCUGCAGAAGAGGCUGAAUGAAACCACUGAGCUACAUGAGCAACAAAAAAUCAGUUUAAAACAGACCAUUUCUGAUCUGCAGACCAAACUACUGGAAGCGCGGCUGGAAAGAGACACACUUGAGGAUAUCAGGCAAAGGGAGUCCCAGAGCCAGGAGAGCAUAAAAAUACAGCUUAAAACUACCAUUCAAGAACUGGAAACAGCCAGUCACCUGCAGGAGGAGAUGCUGAGGGAGGCUGACAGCCAAACUGAGCAUCUGAAAAAGAUGGUCCAUGGCCAUGAGGAAGUACUCAUGGAACUGCGUGGCAUCCUAAUGGACUACAAAGACAGCACAGGCAAGAAACUGUAUGAGCGUGAGAAUAUUACCAGCCUUCACAUCCACAACCUGAGCACAGCCUUUACUGAAGUCCUACGAGAUUUAGACUCAGAGGUGUUGUACCUCAAAGAAAAGGUUGUCCUGGUGGAAGAAGAACUAGAAUCACUGAAAAAAGAUUCACAGACCAAAACAGAACUUCUGCUUCAGCAACAUCAAAAUAGAGAACAAACAAGAAGCCGAAAUUCAAUGCAUGCGCAUCAAGUUAGUCAAUUGGAAUCUACUGUUUCUCAGCUGCGUUCUGAAUUACGGGAAGCUAAGAGGAUGUAUGAACACAAGAUAGAAGAUCUUGAAAAGCAGUUGCAUCUAGCUCGUUGUGAGACGGCAGAAGCUCAGACAGAACGGGAUCAAUAUAGCCAAGAAUCUGGAAAUCUGGAUGACCAGCUUCAUCAGCUGUUGGCUGAACUACAUAAAAAAGAGGUAGAAUUAAGUCUAGAAAAAGAGCAGAACAAGAGAUUUUGGGAUCGGGAUAGAGGCAACAGCAUCACUAUUGACCAUCUAAGGAGAGAACUAGACACCAAGAACAUGGAAUUGCAGCACAUGGAAAACACGGUGAAGGCAAUGAGGAUCGAAUGUCAGGAGCAAACGGAGUGCCAGAUGGCUGCAUUUAAGGAAAAAAAUGAAAGCAUUGAAAGAGUCUCUUCCUUGACUGCCCAGCUGGAGUCAACCAAAGAGACGCUCCGUAAAGUUAAGGAAGAUCUUACAGCCAAACAGAUGGAUUUGGAGGCUGCUGAGAGAACAGUAUCAAAUCUGACAGCCUGCCUGCAGGAGAAGGAGAAAACCAUUGACAUUACCAAUAAGGAAAUCAAGAAGCUACGUUCACAAGUUGGCAGUAGGAUGCAGGAGCUUCAGCACUUAAAGAAUGAAGGAGACCGUUUACGCAAUGUGCAGUCGGAGUGUGACACACUGAAACUGCAGGUGGUAGAAAAAGAAAGGAUUAUUGGGAUCUUCCAAAAGCAAAUUGAUAACAUGACCCAGAUUGUGGGCCAGCACAGUCGAACUGCUGGAGCAAUGGAAGUUGAGAAGUCUCAGCUUAGAAAAGAAAUCAAUGACUGGAAACUAGAAGUACAAGAACUUAAGAUUGUAAAAGAGGAGAAAGAAGCCAGAAUACUUGAAAUGGAGGCCAGACUGAGUGAGCUGGAACUGGAAAAGGUCAAACUGAUGAACACAUGCACUGAGAGGCUCCAUGCAGUUAAAGAUAUGAAACUGGAAAAAGAUCAGCUAAUGAAUGAACUGAAAGCCAAUCGCAGUGAGCUGGCUGGCCUUGCAGAGGAAUAUGAAGAUUUGAAGAGGAAUUACCGAGAUAAAACUGAAGAGAUGGAAAAUACUGCAAAGAAACUGAAAAUGCAGUUGAAAUCUGCCAAAGCUGAACUGGAUCAGACCAGAGCUGCUCUAAAGACUAUGGAAGGAUCUGAUGGCCAUGCUAUGAAAGUUGCAAUGGGAAUGCAGAAGCAAAUCACAGCCAAGAGAGGACAGAUAGAUGCACUGCAGAGCAAGAUUAAAUUCUUGGAAGAGGCAAUGACAAAUGCAGCUAAGGAAAAGCAUUAUCUCAAAGAAGAAAAUAGUAAACUGAGCCAAGAAUUGAGCUAUACUGCAACAGAAAAUACCAAGAUGGCUGGGGAACUGGAGAUCCUGAGGUCGCAAGACAAACGUCUGAAAGAAAAAAUAUCCAAGAUGGAGACAGCCCUUGAUAAGGCAUCCAUGCAGUUUUCAGAAUGUCAGUGCAUAAUCCAGUGCCAGGAACAAGAAGCUAUGCGCUUCAAAUUGCAGCAUGCUUUAGAUGUAAAAGAGCUGCAGGGCCCAGGCUACUCGUCAGCUUCUGCUUCAGGCAAGCAGCGGCAUGUAUUCCCGCUUCCCCAGCAGCACUCCGCUAGUGUGCCACCUUCCCUGAACUUGGCCAGCUGUGUUCCUCAUAUGCCAUCCAAACCAGGCAUUUUGAAGGAGGAACCACUGCGAGAUUUAAAGAGGAUUCUUCAAGAAUUAAGCUCAGACAGUGAGAUCCCCUCUGUGGUUCCUAGCAAGAAUGACAGUGAUGGUGGGAGAACAUCACCUUUAGCAACCACGAGGAACACAGUAGAUGGUGCAAGUAGAGAAUGUGCUGCUACCUUCAGUCUACGUCCAGAUCUUUGCAAGAGGGAAACGCCAGUUAGAGACUCUACUACUGAAAGCAGCAUGGAACAGGAUACUUUCAGCUGGGAUCCUUUACCUUUACAUACUGCAGAUCUUCAGUCCCAGGAUAUUUCCCUGCCUUUCACAUCCUCUGGUGGUGCAUCCAUCAUCUUAGCAGCUCCUCGUUACACAUCCUCCCCCAAGAAGGUCUCUCGGGAAGAGAGGUGCCAAGAAAGGUCUCCAGUGCACUCGCUUUUAACUGCUCCAGCUGAUGACCUUGCUGCUGCUCCUAGCGCUUCACCAGAGCACAGACCAUCCACACGGAAGGGUGGCUCUCCAGAGGGUGCAGCCACAGGCACCCAGAUAAUAGCUUCUCAGCCCAAGGAGACUAGUGAGAGUACAUCUAGGAAGCUACAGAACAAGAUGGAAAGCCUGCAAAACCUGGUGGAAACAUUACAGAUGAAAAACCAAGCAAUGUCAUCAAUGAUCAAAACUCAGGAGAAGAAGAUAGAGAAAGUGAAAGAAAAGGAGAAAAAACUAGCAAAAUGAAGACGUUCUAUAAUAGCGAUUACUUUCACGUAUGUACAUUGUGUUUAAAAUAUAUUAUACUUUUAAAGAUUAAUAAUAAAGAUUCUUG